AUGCGAUGAGCAGCCAGCUCGGAAACUCACACCUGUGAGCAUCCUCCGCAACUGUCUACUCUAACGAUAUGGAUUCCAUCGAAUGGAAGCUGAAACGUCUCGCAGACGGGACGAAAAGAUGGAGACUCUUCAAUUCACAACAGCUUGCAGGAACCACCAAGGAAAGGGAUACGGCAGGCCGUACGGCGUCAUCCGAGGCAGAAUCUGAGCUGGAAUCCGAGGUGGAAUCCGACUGGGAAUCGGAGGCGCAACUAGUGGUAGAGCCCGAGGUGCAACCAGUCUCGACGAGAACUGUGCCGCAGCUUCCGAUGGAGGUGUGCGAGAACGUGAUUGACCAUCUGUGGGACGACCAGCGUGCUUUGAGGCAGUGCACUCGUGUCUGCCGAGCGUGGUACCCUCCGAGUCGCGUCCACUUGCACAGGCAGAUCACGAUCAGCAGUGUCGAGGAUGUGCAGGCGUAUGCAAAGAAGCUGAAGCAGACGCCCGAGCUCUCGAAGCGGCCGCACAAUAUGGCCAUGAUGGGCGGCGGCGAUUGGAGGUCAGAUUUGUCAGUAUUGUCGACCGCGGCGAUCCUGCUCGCUCCCAAGCUGCCCCGGAUGGAGACGCUCGAAAUCAGUAUGUCAGAGUGGAAGCCGUGGACGAUGCACAGAGACAUUUUCCUGCAUCUCUCCUGCUUCUCCGUUACUCGCCUCAAUCUCUACCGUGUUACAUUCUCCUCGAUCAAUGUCUUUGGGCGCUUCGUUUGCGCGCUGCGCGCUCUGGUCGAACUCGAAUUGCGCGAUGUGGAAUUUAUACGUGACGAGUUCCACCGCGAUACGUUUGGUCUAUAUCGCAACCGCGUCAACAUCAGGUUCUUGUUACUUGGGGCAGUUUCUCGCAUGAGACCUGAAAACCUCAUGGACUUUUUGACUCAUCCUUGCAUCUCGAGUCGCUUGCAGAGACUCAUCAUCGAUGAUUCACCUUCUGGGACUGAAAAGCAAGACCAAUCGAAAUGCCAGCAACUAUUGGAUGCUGCAUCUGGCUCACUCCUUGAACUGCCAUUGGUUCUUCCGUACUCAGGACAACAGACACAUACAGAGGUGUCGGCUGCAGGUGUUUAGUGCCAUCCUUCACUCGCACCACCUCACUGCAGAGACUACGACUAACCUUUGUGGGUGCUUCUCGAGCGUUUGAGAUCGACACAUUGUGUCA